GGCGGCGCCGUCGCUGUCGUCGCCGGGGCACGGAGUUCUCCGUCGGAGCGCUCUCCAGGACCGCGGAGGGGCUGGCCGCGCCGGAGCAGUUGGAACCCGGACUUCUGUCUCCGCCAUCACAUAUCUCAGGACUUGACCCACUGUGGACCUGGCUGAGGAGAUCGGGGCCUGCUGCAGCGCAAAGGGAGUGUACCAACAGAUAGCCUUACUUGGGAGGCAGUGGAGACCUCGGCUUCCCCCUGCCCCUCUCCUGGCUGGAGAGGCAGGCGAUGGCAGCCUCUGGACUGCGUGCAUGCCUUCUGACAGCCUCUCUCCAGUCCCUCUUACAGACUGCUUUGGGCCAAGUUACCUCUAACAGCACGGUGGGACCCAUGACAUUGACGCCCUCCACUUCGUCUGGCCUUUCGAAGUCGGAGUUGGCUGCCGCCAUUGCAGUGCCGUGCGUCAUUGGGGGUCUUCUGCUCAUCGGCCUCUUGGUUUUCAUAGGACUCAAAGUUCGAGAGAAGCGCCAGACGGAAGGCACCUACCGGCCCAGCAAUGAGGAGCAGGUGGGACAUCUUGCCCAGUCAAAACUGACAGUAGCUAAAGCGUGCAGCUCUGAUGCCCGAAGUGAAGUCACCCUUGCUCUAUGAUUUUCAUGUGGGUUCAGGUCCGCGUCCUCAACCCACCAGGCUCUGCUGCUCGCAGGCCAUUCCUCCCUGUUGUGUGAUGCGUCAGAAUGGAAAGCUUCCCACCGAGAGAAGGCAUGGUGGGCAUUUUUGCAGGAUAUGGGGGAAGGGUCCUUCUCUCCUUGUCACUGUAAACUCUCAAAUCUUUUAUUCAUUUUUCACUGAAAACCU